AUGGUAUCUGCGUGCGCAGCUGAUGCUGCAAUCAGUAAUAAUAAUAUUCCAACCACCACCACCACCACCUCCAAAUCUAACACCAAAAAACAUAACAAGUGUGUUGGACAAGAUUUAAAACAAAAGUAUGGAUGCAAGUGGGCAUUGGUUACAGGAGCUUGUUCUGGAAUAGGUUUGGAAAUUGUUCACCGUUUGGUCAGCCAACGUAUCAAUGUAGUGCUAGUAUCUAAAAACUACGAGAAAUUGCUUGAUCUCCAACAAGAGAUUAAUGAUUUAUAUAACAACAACAACAACAACAACAACAACAACAACAACAACAACAACAACAAUGGUAAAAGUAGCAGUGGUGAUAAAGAUAGAAGAAGAAUCGAAACAUUGAUUGUAUCUGCCGAUUUGAGAAACUCUAAAGAGUCGGUCAAACACAUUAUCCAAGAAACAUCUGGUCUAUCGAUAAACGUUGUAUUUAAUAAUGCUGGAUAUGUUUCGAUGGAGGGUUUCCAUCAAACCGAUAUCCAAGAGAAGAUAGAUAUGAUUGAGUGCAACGUGAUGGCUGCUAUUCGAUUAACUGAUCACUUUUACAAACAAAUGGUGGCUAAUUCUUUAAAAGGUGCUUUUAUAUUUACUUCUUCAGCUACUGCAACAUGUCCAUCAUCCAACUCUGUAAUAUAUUCCUCUGGUAAAGCAAUGCUAACUGCAUUUGUUCAAUCACUUGCAUUAGAGUCACCAAACUUUGGUAUAGAUGUUCUAGCCAUUCAACCAGGUUUUGUUCAAACAAAGUUGUUUGAUAAUAACAAGAUGAGUUUCUUUAACGCCGAUAGCAUGAAUAUCAAUAUCAACCAACUCAACGAAGACAACUUCUCCUUCUUGGGUUCAACUACUCAAACCAACGAUGAAGAGAAUAACAAUACCAGCAACAACAAUAAUAAUAAUAAUGUUAUCAAUAAUAAUGAUUUCUCAUUUGCCAAUACAUUAAACAACUCAUUUUCAUCGUUUGCAUCGAUGUUUAAUAAUACUACAAACUUUUUGGGUUUGACCAAUUCUGUUAGUACAGUCUCUGCCGUCGAUUCAAUGAGUUCAGUUGUAGUCGACCCACUCUUGGUCUUGACUGAUAACUCCAACAACAACAACAAUAAUAAUAAUAAUAAUAAUAAUAAUAUGAACAUUGAACAACCAAUCAUCAUCCAACAACAAGUAGUACAACAACAACUAGAACAACAACAAUAUACUUUUGAUCAAUUAUUACCAACUCAUACUACUACUGAACAAGAUAUACUCCAAUUACAACAACAAUUGCAACAACAACAAGCACAACUUGCAUUAUAUCAAGACCCACAAUCACCACUCUACAUUCAACCAAUUGUAAACAACAACGUUGUCAAUAACACCAUUACUACUACCACUACAGCUACGGCUACAACAAGUAACAAUAUUUUUGUAAAUUUAAAUAAUUAUGCAACACAGAUGAAUAAUGUCGCUGCUUAUGGAGGUGUUAUUGCAUGUCAAGAACAAAUCUACCAAUCGGGUUCAUCGGAUUGCUCGUCGCCAGACAGCAACUUCUCUCCCACUUCACAAGUUCCAUCGUCUCCAAGCCACGGAUUGGAACAAGCCAACACCAACCAUAUGGCUCUCAUCUCUGCCUCUGUUCCAUCGCCAUCUGCCUCGAUCACCUCUGAGGAUGAAGUAUUGGACUCUUCCAAUGAAUUCUCCGAGUCUGACGAAGAAGACUCGUCAUCAGACAAUGAAAAGCAAAAGAGAGAACGUCCCGUCAAAAAGAGAAAGAAUGCUUUUGACCCAGCCCACGAUUACGGUCAUCUCCUUCCAAAGCAAAUCCUUCUCAACAUUAGUAGCAAGCAAUUCGUCACCUACAGACAAAAGUUUUAUCCAUCGACCAAGAUUUCAAAGGAAGUUUCAAAUACUUUAAAGAAUCAAGAAAGAAAAAUUAAAAAUAGAGAAAGUGCACAAAAAUCAAGAGCCAAAAAGACAAAGUUUGUUGAAGAAUUGGAAGAUCAAUUAAAAGAAGCAAAUGAUAGAAUCAAUAGAUUAGAGGAAGAGAAUAAGAGAUUGAAAUAUGAAAUUCAUCGUCCAAGUUCAAGUUCCAACUCUAAUUCAAACAAUGCAAACUGUUCAUCAUCAGUUGUAUCAUUCUCACCAUUCUCUAAUCCAUUAUCAAUCGGUCCAGGUGUCACUUCAAGUGGACAACGUCUCGCUUGUUUCUUUAUCUUUGUAUUAUUUAUAAGCUCGAUUAUCAUCUCGAGUAAUCCAUUCUCACACCACGCAUUCACCAAUCCAACCGCCGGAUCUCGUUCAGCCUUUGCCAACAGUCGUAUGAAUCAACUCGGUCUUCCAGGCAGCAGAGUUCCACUUACCUCUGACUUUUACGGUUCUCCAGUCGAGUCUCCACUCUUUAGUAAACACAUCAACCAAAACAACAACCAAGCCUCCUCAUCCUCUGGUAAUUUACAAAUCACUAUCGAGCCAUCAUGGGUAUUACUCAAGAAUGUCGAAACCAACCAAAAGAAACGUAAACAAGACCACGAAGAAUCCGAAUCAGAGUCACUCAAUUCACCAUCUGUCAUGAAGCCAUCUACCAACACUCUCUCUCGUCCACUCGCCACUCCAUCGGUUAUGGAUACCUGUGACAUUGCUGAAUUGCCAGUUGUCAACAACAGCUCUGUCCGCAUCUCUUAUAGAACCACUCAAAAGACUGAACCUGAACACGCCACCACCGACUCUCCCAUGGAUCUUGUCCAAGAUAUCCGUGCCAGUUCACCGGUCGAUGUUAUUCCAAAGACUGUUUCAGUCCAAUACAAGGAUCUCCAAUUUGACGUCAACCUCGUCUUCCCAACUCAACUUUUCAAAAACUCUAGCAAUGUUUCAAAAUUGUUAUUAAACAAUGAUGGUAGACCAAUUGAAAUCACUGCUUCAGUCAUUGAUGUUCAUUCCUCUGGAUCAUCAUCUUCCUCAAGAUCAUCCACUUCUUCACAACAACAACAUCAACAACCAAUUCAUCAUAGAGAAGAUUAA